AAUGACAGAUAUUUAAGAUCUCGUUCAUUUUUCUUUUUCUCACUGGGGUUUGAUAGUAGGACCAAGAUGAUAAAUACUGCUAAUUGGGUAACUUGUCGGAGUUAGAUUAUAACUUUUCAGCCAACAAAGGAGCUGCAACAUCAUAACUCUUCUGUGCCAGCAGGCUGAUACAAGCUUUCUGAAAUUCACAAUGGAGGCUCUGAAAAGAGAAAGAAACCAUACAUCUUCCAACACCUCAAAAGUUCUUGGAGUCUUCUUCUUGGCUGCAGUGCUUGGGCUACCUGUAGGUUUCCUGUGUGGAUCGUUGGCAAAAGAAGAAAUCUUACGAAGACCAGAAGAGGGAGAUACACAUUUAAGGAAAGAUUGGAUUGUUCACAUUUACAGCCUCUGUUGGAACAUGUCUGUGGUGAUCUGCUCUUUUUCAGUGGCUAACGCAAUGAGUGUCCUCGCCUACAGAGUCAUUCCAGACGAUUGGUCUCAACUAAAGAAAUACUGUUUGGCUGCUCCAGUGGGUUUACUUGGACUCACAAUCACAGGAGCAGCUCUUGGAGGAGUAGAAGGAUACAUCAGAGAGUUUUCUGAGAUUUCUUAUCUGAUCUGGCCUGUGGUUAGUUUUUUAUUAUAUAUGAUGAGCAGGUUAAUAUUACAUUAUUUUGUAUUAUGUCAUGAUAGCAUUUUAUUACAAGUUGCUCUUCUAGCACUGUCCUCUGCCUCUUUAUCACCACUUUUUCUAAUCGUCCUGGAUCUGACAAUGCCUGCUGUUAACCCAUUGUUCAUCAUGUUACCUAUAUCUAUACUAUUUGUUUUACCUUUACGUGCAAUAUUGCGCACUGAUACAUCUACCAUACACCUUGCACCUUGCAUUAUUUUAAUGUCCCCCAUCACAAUAUUAUGUGGCUUUCCUUCAAUACAAAACAGCGUCAUCGUGUUGACCACACACAUUCUUGCAGUUGGGGUCGGAGCAUCAAUACACUUGACGUUGGGAGUGACUGCAGAUUCAUCUAAGGAAUGUGCAGCAGCGCUAGUUGGAGGAUCAGCCAUUUUGGGCACAGUCCAGAAAGCCUCUGACUGUAUGGGGAAGUGGGGCAGUUUAGGGGCGCUGCUGGGGGUAUCAGGGGCUGUUGGGGUAACUCUGUCUGCAGCAGGGGCAACUGCUCAGGUGUACGGGAAAUGGAUAAAAGAGAACAGAAGUACAGAACAGGGGGAAGGAAUGGAUGAAAGUAGAGGAGAAAGUGAUGGUCAAGGACAAGGGAGAAAUGAACGCACAGAAAUACUCAGAGAAAAGUUAUUGGAUAUGCUUCUGUCGGAUAUGUUAAUUACAAUGUUUGUAUUUUUAUUGGAAAUGGUUCUGACUAUGUUUGUUUUAGAUAUGAAUGAAUUAUCAGAAUAUGAAAUACACUUAUAUGUGACACCUUUAAUGGUCUGUAUUACAACGUGGGGUUUUUGGAGCUUUUCUGUUUUUGAUACACUGGACUGGAGAAUGAUAGGCUCUGCAGGCCUAACAAAAUAUCUCAGGAGACUGAGUCUAGGAAUGGAAGAGUUCAUAACAGAAUGGUGCAGAGCAGUCAGGGUGGCAGGAACAGGAGGAAUAUCAGGAAGAAUAUCAGCAGCUUUAGGAGCAGCAACAGGAGCGUUUCUGUCUGCAGGAGGUCAGGAUUGGAGAUUCAGGGCUAUUGUGGCCUUCUGUGCUGCAGUUGUUCCACUGAUAAGUUACAAAACUGCAAAGAAGCCGCACACAAACCAGCUCCUAGACUAGCAGUCAUACACUGGACACCACAGCUCAUAUUUCAUGCACUACUUACAUGUAAUGCAUUUUUCACAGUUACUGACUGUACAUCAUAAAUUAACAUUUUGAAAUUGUGUUCACCACUGGUGGGCCUGAUCUGCCGGCGAUUUGGAUUUCACUCUGCCGCUCAGGCUGGAAACCUACACAUCUAUCUCUCCUGCUUCCUGUCCAUGUUUACUGGGUCCAAUCACAAACUGGCUAAUCCAUCAGACACAUACAGUGCCUAUAGAAAGUCAU